UCUGGUGCUAACAGUGGCCGUACAGCAUACAAUAUAGUAAAUCGGGCCAGCUUUUACUAUAUCUAAAUAGUGGGGUUCUGUUGGGGACUGGUGUGUGCCCCCUAAGGAUCCCCACCCGGCGCCCUCAACCCAUCACAGUCACCACACACAACAAGCAAACUUCUACUUCUCGUCAGUUGCUGUUGAAGAGAGUGCUACGUACGUACGCCGACAAGAUUCGGUAGCGAGCGCCGCCGUAUUCGGACUCGCUUAAUACAUAUCAGAGCUGACAAUUAAUGGAGGAAGCUCGUGGUUUGCGUCCGAAAUUCUUUGCAUAACGCUAUCACACUAUCACGGAGAGUUAUAAGGACUUUGAAAGAGCCUGUACGUAUGCGGUGGGGGGAGGAGGUCGGUCCUCGGUGACACGUAGUACAACCUACUGAGAUUCAAAAAGUGUGGUACAUGUUGGACUUUGUAAACAGAACUGUGUAUUCCAUGCGAGAAAAUACCGAUUAGAAGACAACAGCCAUGUAUAAGUUACUCGGUAGCCUCGGAAGCUAUUUAAAAUGGCAGGAGAUCACGACGGAUUCCUUGGUUUUUCGAAUGCACAAUUUAUUCACUACUGUGCUCCUGAUGACCUGUUCACUUAUCAUUACUGCCACACAGUACGUCGGCAAUCCGAUAUCCUGCAUCGUGAACAAGGAUCUACCUACUCACGCUAUCAACACUUACUGCUGGAUCACGUCGACGUUCACGAUGCCUGAUGCAUUUAAUAGACAGGUCGGUAUGGAAGUUGCGCAUCCCGGUGUAGCUAACGACUUUGGAGAUGUCGAUGCCCGCAAGUACUAUACGUAUUAUCAGUGGGUCUGUUUCGUCCUCUUCUUCCAGGCUAUAUUUUGCUACGUACCUCAGUGGCUGUGGAAUGCCUGGGAGGGUGGCCUGAUCAACACCCUAGUGAUGGGAAUGAAUCAUGGACUUUGUAGGGAGGACGAAAAGAUCAAGAAAAAGAAGAUCCUUAUGGAUUACCUUAUGAAACACGUCAAGAGACACAACAUGUACGCCUAUCGGUAUUUCGCCUGCGAGAUGCUAUGCCUUGUGAACAUCUGCGUUCAGCUAUACUUGAUGAAUAAAUUCUUCGACGGCGAAUUCCUGAGUUACGGACUACGCGUUAUUCAGUUCUCUGAUGCUCCCCAGGAGGAGCGCAUCGACCCCAUGGUCUAUGUGUUUCCACGAGUAACCAAGUGCAUCUUCCACAAAUAUGGUGCUUCAGGAACUAUACAGAUGCACGACUCACUCUGUUUACUACCGUUGAACAUUGUCAACGAGAAGACAUACAUAUUCAUAUGGUUUUGGUUCCUUAUACUCUCGGUGAUGCUGAUCGGUCUGCUGAUUUACAGAGCGAUCAUUAUUUUCACCCCGUCGAUUAGACCCAGGUUGCUCCAGGUCUCAGCCCGCGUACUGCCAAUAGAAUGGUGUCGGAGUAUCAGUCGGAAGACAAAUCUGGGUGACUGGUGGGUCCUCUACACCCUCUCAGCGAACAUGGAUCCACUGAUCUACCGGGACCUGAUACAGGAGCUCACCAAGAAAAUGGACGACAGUCUCAUUGGUCAUCGGGAGGACAAGAAGUAGAUUGUUGGUCAAGAGAAGAAGUGCUAGGAGUACGAAAAUAUGAGAGAGAAAUAUAACAGAUGAAGGGAACGACGAAGACGAGGAUGAAGAAUCGAAGAGGACGAGGUGAAAAUCUCUAUAGCAAAUAGCAUAGAUCCAAUAUAGAAAAUUAUAAUAAGGAGACUUUCUAUUUAGGACUUCUACUUAUAAGAUGACCGUGAAUACAUCAUUCCAAUUUGACGGUUGGGACGCUCGCGAUAAUCGGCGCGGUUUUCUUUUAUUUCUUUAUCAUUUUUCAUUUUUUUUUUGUUUCAUCUUCAAAGUUAUCUCAAGUGAACUUUACAAUUAUUGCUCAAGAAACCGCAUUUCAUUUCGGUUAUACUUGUCAUACUUCUUUCAUAUCUUAUUUUGUUUAUUCUGUUUUAUUGGUUUGCUCGUGACAUCGCGUCCUUGAAUCGCAACUAGCACCGCCCUGACGUUCACGAAGACUGAAUCUCGAACUGAAAGGCCGCUGCCCGCGUGAUGACAGAUUAUAACCACGACGAUGACAGUGACUAAACUAAUAUGUCCAAUAUUCGCCAUUGCCAAUGGGAUAAUCAUUACACGCGUUGUAUUUUAUUUAAUAUACACAUAGGCGAAUCAGAGGCUCGCGUGUUGUCUUCCACACAUAUUAGUAUAAUAUUAAUGAUUAUAAUAAUAGCGCACAGUACGCUACAUGAUAUUUCCGUUAAUAUACUCAACGAAUUAAAUAAUUUACCUAGUUGUGUUCUGUUCGGUUGGCGCCAACCACCUAACUAAACAGUAGUAGAAGACAUUUCGUACCGUAGACAAUUCUAGGUACUACUCAAUAAUAGCGCUGACGAAGCCUUAUCAUUUGAAAUAACUUUUUUGAACAGUCCUCAUAGUAGGACGUAAUUCCUCCAGGUAUAUAUAUAUUUUUAAUUAAACCUAAGCUCUCAUGUACCGCUAGACAUACACAGGAGGAUUAAAGAUUGAUUUAUGAAAUAAAAUUAAUUGUAACGGU